AUGAACACGGACGCAGAGGGCUACCUUCUCCUCACCAUUCCCGAAGCUAUCGUCGGGCAGGUGUUUGAUGGCGAGAAGAUGGAGUUGGCCCGCGGCGAGCUUUGCGUUGAGUGCGUCACGGUUCCCAUACCCUCCGAGAUCGGUCACCAGACAGCCAACCCCUUUGCCGUGUCGCCAAACGACCCGUUGCCCACCCACGACAUUUGGCUCAUCCUCCGCAUCGGUGACAACUUUGAGCACACCCUCGUCCCCGGUAAUCCCCUUCAGCCGCGCUCCCCGCCAGGCGGCGACGGCGGACCGACCUACAUUAUUCGCAACCCCGACAUUCCUGGUGCCGAGCUCGACCUCACACUCGAGGCCCCGCGCUCCCUCAACGAGCUCGAGGACCUCGGCACUCUCGAGUCUCUCUUCCGGCAGUACGGCGUCCUCCCCCAGGGCUCAGCUCUCGACGGAGUCCAGUCACCCUCGAUUGGCCAGCCCGGAAGCUUCGGUGACUCCACGUUUAGCUUCGGUGUGCCAGCUGGUCAACCGCCGUCGUACGCCUCGACCGAGGGUCCCGGCUCGAGCGCCUACCACGAUGAGAAGCAAAGCCCUGCCGUGGGCGUGGUGGCGGGAGCAGCAGCUGGUGCCGCCGGCAUGUCGGCCCAGCUUCAUGGCGGCGGUGCCGAGGACCUGCGGGGCAAGCUGGUGCUCGUCGACCAGACGACCGGUGCCGUCAUCGGUGAGAUGGACCACGCACCCAAGAUGAGCGAGUCUGAGGCUGCGGACGUUGCGAACCAGGACCCCACGAGACCAGUCAUGAUCGACUUUGGCCCGAUCGUUGCGAACACUCGCGAAGUGCGCGUGACCCGUAUCGCGCCGGAGGAGCUCAACGGAUGGAUGCUCAAGGGUGCCGACCUGAUCUCGCGCGGUGUCCUUGGCGCUUCGGGUGCCGCUAGUGGUGCUAUGCUCCGCUCAGCCGAGCGUUACCGCGCCAAGGCGGUCCCUCGCCCCGAGCCUGUGCGCAUGGGUGCCGUCACCGGCUCGCUUAAGACCGUGCACAGUGCAACGAGCGCCGGUGCGCGUGUCACCGGCAAGACGGUCCACAUGAUCAACAACACGGUCGAGCGCCUCGUCACUAAGAAGCAGAAGGGCGGACCUGUUUACGCCGCACCGCAGCCCGGCACAGCAGGUCCCACUGGCUAUGUGCAGCAGAAGUCGACCUUCCAGCAGAUCAAGGACGCGGCUGUCCCUGCUGCCUCUUCGGCUUAUGGCUGGGCCAAGACCCAGGCUCAGCAGCGCGGCUACAUGAGCGGCACUCCUGGUGCAUCUGCAUCUGCGCCUGGUGCGGACAAUGGUGCGCCCCCGCUCCCUCCUAGAUUCGACGAGAAGCCCGGCUCGACGCCAGGCCUCGGCGCGGGCCCUCCUCUUCCGCCACGCCAGCCAUCUCCAUCUUCCGGCAACUACGAGAAGCAGGGCGCGACGUACUCAACCGCAACUCACGGCGCCGCCCCUGGUGUCCCUCACAGCGGCACUCCCGCCGUCAGCCAGGGCUACUACGCGGACGAGAAGGCGGCGUACGGUGCUCCCCUCUCGCCAGCAGGCUCUACCCCCGGCUCGGGCCACGUCACCCCGUCGGGCAAGCGCAAGAAGCGACCUCUGCUCAACCGGACCAUCCUCGCUGCGGACGUGAUCCUCUCGUCCUUCGAGGCUGCCGCCAACGAACUCGUCACUUCGGGUACGCACGCUGCCUCCACGGCAGUUGGUGCGCGCUACGGCCAGGACGCAGGCGCGGCCGUCGCGUACAGUGGUGCGAGCGUACGUAACGCCGUCCUCGUGUACGUCGACGUGCGUGGUGUCGGCCGCCGCUCGAUUCUCAAGGCCACCGCCAAGGGGUUCUACAAGGCUCGCAUGAAGAACGGCGAGCAGGUGCGCUUCGAGCCUAUCGGGGCCGACCAGUCUAAACCGGCGUACAAGAACGACGAGGGGUAUGUUGUGGUUGGAGUGCCCGUUGUGCCGGAGAAGAAGUAG